AUGGCGACGAUCGAUGAAGAGACGAAUAUUGCGGGCGAAGCUGGUCCAGCAGUUCCCCGAGUGACCUUACGAGAUCCAGUUCGAGAAAGUGAAGAACGGGCGAAUCAAGCUCGUUUGAAACGUUUAACAGAAGCAUUUACUAUCUUCGAUCAGGAAGCGAAUAAUACCAUUCCAUCAACUGAAUUAGGCACUGUAGUUCGUUCACUUGGUCUCGUACCAACCGAAGGCGAACUGCAAGAUGUUCUCAGCGAAAUGUCAGACGAUUCUAAUCCGGAAUCAAUUCAUUUAGAUAGAUUUCUGAGCGUGAUGAACGUCCUCUUGAAAGAUCGCCGCUAUCAAGGCGAACCUGAAAGCAAAAUUCUUCGAGCAUUUCAAGUUCUCGAUCCCGAUAAUAAUGGCUUUAUUUCUGAAGAGGAAUUACGAAACUAUCUAUGUAAAGAAGGUGAACCAUUUAAUGAUGAAGAAUUCCAAGAUUUUAUGACCAUCGCACUCGAUGAUGAAUCAGGCGGUGUAUGUACUUAUAAAGAAUUUAUACAAAAUCUUGUUGUCGAAGAUAAUGAUUAA